AUGGCUGUGACGGAAAGAGAGCAGAGGUUCCAGUCAUGGACCUCGAGGCUCUACAUAGUCUCGGCUUUCUAUGCCGUCGUCAUUGCCAGCCUUCCGUUCUGGUACAAGACGACGACCAUCGUUCGACUGCCGCUUCCGGCUAGGGACAUUGAGUUGGCAGAGAGCAGGCUUCCGUGCCCCGUUCGCAUCCCCUUUCAGCUCAACUUGGUACUGCCGCCCGAAAUUGCUCCUCCUGCCUUCCCCUUCGUAAGAGCUGGAGAUGGAGGCGAGUCGUAUCAGAAUCGACGAAACUGGGAACGGGCUGUGGUGGAGGACAUUGAGAGAAGACUGGAGCUGGCGGGCGAUGGCAUCGUGACGGCUAGGAGUGGGUCUGACUUUGCGACGGCUGUCCAACCUUCCGAGAACGCCGCUUGCAUGGACUGGAGCAUCACAUUGGGGAGCCAGAAUGAUGUUCCGCUCAAUGGCCUCAGCAUACAUUAUCAGCGCGAAGUCGUAGAGACGCAAACGAAGGCCAUGCUCAGCCUCGCUCUCCCGUCAGAUCUAACGCAAACACCUGGCUCAGUCCCCGUCGAUAAAUUAGCAUCGUCGCUCUCAUCACAGCUGGCUGAGCUGCUUCAAUUGCCCUACCGAUCUUCAUCGAGUCCUGCGCUGGAGAAGGACAAGCGGUCGAUACCCUAUGCGCGCAACGUCCGACUCGUUGUUUCCAUGAUGAAUGAAGAUGCAUCGUAUCGACCCUCAAACGAGAUCGAAGAGGCAGAGGUACAGGGGAAAGGCCCAGCAGGCGUUCGAAAAUGGGAUCGAGUAGCCUUGGACAAGGUCCUGACCAGGCGCAUGGGCGAUCUCCUCACCAAGCUCGGCUCUUUUUAUCGGUUCGGUCUCGAGGUACAGACACAAUGGGAAUCGCCGUUGGGCUUUGAACCCAGGAAGAUCGUCCAAGAGCUCGUCCAAGAGACUCUCGAGGAGGAGCCCGUCAAAGUGCAAGAGGAGGAAGCUGCGACAGAGGACAAUGAUGCGCACGACGAAGCGAUAGAGCUUCCAGAGCCAACGUCGACCUCUGCUAUUGCGAUGCCACCUUCGCCUGCGAGCGCCGCAAAGACAAGAGAGACGUCGUAUCUAAUCGACCCUGAGGACCUCAAGAUCUUUGUCAAUUCCGGAGAAUGGUCCCUCUCGACGACGCUGUCCUCGCGCUCCUCGUUCCCUCCCAAUCCGUUCGCGGCCCCUCAGCUUGACAGCAGCUCCGUGGUGGCCGCCAACGACACUCACUUUAUAGACGACGAAGAAGAAAGGACCCUUCACUUCAUCCUCUACCUGCCCUCGCCUCAACACCGGCCGCUGCGCAUCGCCAAGGACGCCUUGUCAGGCGAGGCCAGCAAGGCGAGAGGAUGGCUUAUUCCUCAGUGGGGAGGCGUGGUGUUGCACAAUCUUGACGGCAAUUCGACAGCAGAUGGCCGGAAUCUCCUCGCCUCGCUGCCGGAAGUGGAUCUGGAUGAACCUUUCCGCCUCUUUGAGCGACAACUCAGGGUCCUGCUGGGGCUUGUUCCCUCACAAACAGCAGGGGGAGAAGUAGAGGAUGUGCUGGCGCUCGAAGCACUCGGUCGAAGAAGGCUUCUCGAGUCGGCUCGCGAGGCGACACAGACACUGGCCAGCAUUGUCCGUCUCGUCGACAAGAUUGAGAAUUUGGGCGUAGGGAGCGACGUGCAGCGCGACGUCGACAACGCCCUGCGCUACCUUUCCCUGACGAACGCCACCCUGUCCUCGCAAGUGCUCUCACCGUUUGGCAGGGAGAAGCUCGCAGAGGCGCUCAGGCAAGCGCACACAUCGGCCUCGUACGCUUCCCGGGCUUUUUUCAACCCCAAUAUGAUUGGCCAGCUCUACUUCCCUGACGAGCACAAGUACGCCGUCUAUACGCCGCUAUUUGGGCCGCUCGCGGUUCCACUGCUCGUCAGUGCAUUGCGGCUUGUCAAGGAGCGUAGACAGGCCAAGAAGCGGGAGGAGGAGGUCAAGGAAGCGAAGUCGCAAUAA